AUGGCUAGUCAGGCCUCACCUGAGAAGUCUAGAAAAUGCCAGUGUGAGACAAGUCAUCCACAGAGCAUCCUUUACCAGAUCCUUAACAAAGAAGAGCAGGAUGAGACCAGAUGGCAUCCCCAGUACUACCAUCCUUGCUACUCGAUAUCAAGUGCUGGCUGUCCCUGCGAGGGCAACAGGAAAGUUGUCCUCAGAACUCCAGAAGUGACCUGCAUGAGAGCUUCUGAAGUGCUCUUAAAGACUAUAACUUUUAUAAGAAACUUGCCUUCUUUUUAUCAUUUGCCCCAGGAGGAUCAGGCACUUCUAGUACAACAGUGCUGGGCCCCUCUCUUUGUCUUGGGCCUGGCACAGGAGUGGGUGAAUUUUGAACUGAAAGAGAUUUCAGUCCCUAGUUUGUUGAAAAAAAUCCUUCUCAAUCAGUCUCUGACAGAUAGUGACAAAGUGGAGAACUCCUCCCUGGGAGCUUCAUUAGCAGACGUUCAGAAGAUGAAGAAUUUCCUGGAGAAGUUCUGGAAUUCGGACAUAUGUGCAAAAGAAUAUGCCUAUCUGAAAGGAAUUAUUCUCUUUAACCCUGAACUGCCUGGCCUAAGAUUUCGUCACUAUGUGCAAACCCUCCAGCAGGAAGCCCAGCGCACUCUGAUGGAAUUUAGCUCAAUGAUGUACAACAGAAACCUAGGCAGAUUUGCUUGGAUUCUUGGGCUGCUCGCCAGCCUCAAAGCCGUUAAUGCCGAGACUAUUGCAGAACUCUUCUUCAGACCUAUUUUAGGAGAGGUCAACCUAAAUGAAUUACUUCUAGAAACCCUGUAUUUCAAGCAAGACUUACUUUAA